CAGGUCGUGGAUUCGAUGUCAAAAGUGUGUCCAUUGUUGACAAUUGGGCCGACAAUUCCAUCUAACUACUUGGACAACCGUGUGGGAAACGACAGUGAUUAUGGGCUUAACCUUUUCACAAUAGAUGACUCGUCUGUUUGCACUGAUUGGCUUAACACCAAGCCACCAGGAUCUGUUGUUUAUGUGUCCUUUGGUAGCAUGGCCUGUUUAAGCAACAAGCAAAUGGAGGUGCUGGCGUUGGCUUUAAAAGGAGGCAAUUUCUAUUUCUUGUGGGUGGUUAAGGUUUCUGAGGAGGAAAAGCUCCCGGAAAAUUUUGUGGAUGAGAUAGGCGAAAAGGGGUUGGUGGUGGAAUGGAGCCGCCAAGUGGAGGUGCUGUCGAGUGGCGGGUGGAAUUCAACCCUUGAGGCAUUGUGCUUGGGCGUGCCGUUGGUGGUGAUACCACAAUGGACGGAUCAAACCACAAAUGCCAAGUUUGUUGAGGAUGUGUGGAAGGUGGGAGUUAGGAUAGUUGAGGUUGAUGAAAAUGGCGUUGUGGGAAGAGAAGAGAUUCAGUCAUGCAUUAAGGAAGUAAUGGAGGGAGAGAGAGGAAAAGAAAUGAAAGAGAAUGCUAAGAAAUGGAGUCAUUUGGCUAUUGAGGCAGUGAGUGAGGGUGGCACUUCCGACAAGAACAUUGAGGAAUUUGUAUCUAAAUUGAUCAAAGCCUAGUUAUAGUUUCCCUUUUGCAAAGUUAAAUAUUU